AUGGGUCCUCCACCACUUGCAAUUCGCAACCUCAGCUCGACCCCUCUGGAGCUCAAGGUGGUCGAACGCUUUGAGAUCCCACAUGAUGAGCCCAAAGGCUUCGCCAACAUCACUCGCAACGUAACACACUUUGUCGUCUCAAAUACCACUGGCAAUGUUCCUCCAGAGGGCCCACACUUUGCACCACUGACUCUCAACGCGCAAAGCUAUGGGCAACAAGAUGUGUCGAUUCGUAUCGAUCCUUUCACCACCAACAGGACGGAUAUCAAUACUGCCGAAAGAUCAGAGAAAGAUGUUCUUAGACUGACUUUCGAGUUUGAUGGGCAGCGCUAUCGUGUCGAUACACGCACGACUAGACAGUCUCAAGAACUGAUCCCACUGGACCCUGAACCCAGGAAGCAGUACACGGCCAUAUGGAUCGACAAGGAGAGUCAUCUGGCCAUUUACUCUUCUGCAAACAUGAACUGCUGGAUGAAGGAGAUGGCAGAUGCCACACCGCUUUCUGGUCUUUCGAUUCCAGGCACGCACAACAGUCCUACUCAUCACAAAGCAUUGCCUUCAGUGCGCUGCCAAGCAGUAUCUCCCAAAGAGCAAUUACGCAAUGGAGUACGCUUCUUCGACAUUCGUGUGCAGCCUGAGAAGCCCGAAGAUCCCAACAAUGACGGUCUUGCCCUGGUCCACGGCGUCUUCCCCAUCUCUCUCACAGGCACAAAACCCUUCCGCAAACUCGUCAAUGACAUUUUCGACUUCCUGCGCGAGAACCCAUCAGAAACACUUAUUAUGAGUCUGAAGCGCGAAGGACCCGGCGAACACACCGACGAACAGCUCUCCAAUAUCCUCCACCAACACUACGCCAACGACCCCAACCUCUGGUUCACAGAACCACGUAUCCCCUCUUUAGGCGAAUCCCGCGGCAAAAUCGUCCUCAUGAGACGUUUUGCCCUUGCCGAGCCUUUGACCCACGAACACGACGGCAGGGGCUGGUGUCUAGACGCCCAAAACUGGGCAUACAACACCCCUUGCGACAACCAUGGUGCCGUGUGCGUCCAAGACUUNUGCGAAGUCCUCGAGACCGAAAACAUAUCCAAGAAAAUCGGGUUUUGCUGUGAGCACUUUGAAAGAGCGGGUGCGCAGGUGUGUCCUGUACCUGGCAUCACUACUGAUGCUGUCAACCCCGUGCCACCAGGUCCUCUGUACUUGAACUUUUUGUCGGCGAGUAACUUUUGGAAAGUGGGUUGUUGGCCGGAGAAAAUUGCUGCCAAGCUCAACCCGGCGGUUACGGAGUUUUUGUGUGUGAAGCAUGAUACUGCUGAAGGUGAUGAUAAGGGAGAUGGUGGUGUGGGUAUUGUGGUCACGGAUUGGGUGGGCAAGGAUGGCGAUUGGGAUCUGAUCAGGUGUAUUGUUGGCUUGAACUCGCGCUUAGAGCUUAGAGAGAAGAAGCAGUAG